AUGUCGAGACUGUUUGGCGGAACCAUAUCCAAAACGCUUGCCUUAGCGGCGGCGCUCUUGGCUGCCUUUGCUGCUGCGAACCUGUAUCAGGUUCCCCUCGGCGCCUCGAAGAUCCCCACCGAUUACGACUUUACGACGAGAUGGGACGAUGAGUCGUGUACGAUCAGCCGGAGCACGGCCUUCGAAGUGCUCGACGGCCCCAAUACCUUCUCUACAGAGCCCUCUGAGCCCAUCAACUCGGUCAAGAUCACGCCCGCGAUCAACAAGACCAACUGGGAGCAGUGGGAGUUCGACGGGCUUUCCCACUCUGGCCUGUCAUUCAUCAUGGCCCUCUUCUCCCGGGACUACUCGUACUACUUCUUCGGCAAGGGGAAUUUGCGAGUGGAGCUCUUCAUGACUCUACCAGACGGCUCGCGCAUUCAAGAGCUCGACUAUGUCAAGGAGUCUGCCGUCAUCGACUGUCCGGGUUAUACUGUCGGCAUCUGGAAUAGCUCCGGUAAAUCGUACUCGUUCUAUACUUCCAAGGACCUGAAGUAUACAAAGCUUGAGUUCGACUCACCGAGGAUCCGCGGCACCUAUAAGCUGUCGUCCACCACACCUCCCCACCACGCCGACGGCUCAGCCUUCCCCCCGGAGGGCGGCAACAGUGCCGCCGACGCGGCCCAGAUCUCCCCCGACUUCUACUACAGCGUGCCGGUAGCUGGCGGCGAGAUGGAGGUGGAUGCCAUGUUGGGUUCGGGCAAAAAGCUGUCCUUCAGCGGCAGGGGUGGCUCAACCCGCCUCUGGGCCCAGCAAGGGUGGCUCGGCCUCAGCGAGAGCUGGAUAGCUAUCCGGGCCUGGGCGGGCCCCUACACCUUCACCUACUGGGAGGUGGUCUCCCGCGUGGGUGCGGACACGGGCAAGACGUUCGUCUCGGGCCACCUAUUCUACAACGACGAGCUUCUAGUCGGCACGCGCGUGGGCAACACGUCAGGCGCAGCCGCCGACGACUACGUCCGCAUCACGCACAACUACGACGGCGAGAUUGCGGGCAGUUUCGACGACAAGAACACGGGCCACUUCCUGGAGUUUGGCUCCCCGGGCCGAGGCAAGAUAUGGCGCUUCGAGCUGCAGCACAUCAUGAAGCAGUACGAGCUGGGUGUCGGCGGCGGGCUCGGCAUGAGCGACUUUGCCAACCGCGUCUUUGGCGGCGAGGUGGGCGCCGACCAUCAGUACGAGGGUCGCGGCCUGACGGAGCAGGCUGCGUUUCCUGCAUACGUGCCCCAGUGGGCCGUCUGGUUGUUAUAUGGCGUCGGGUUCUUGGGCACCGGCAAAGACUAUGCUAUGGAUCUUGUCAGCUACUUGUUCUGGUAA